ACAAACGCACUCAUGUCUCGACUCUCAUUCACUAUCAUUUUGCUGAAUAAGUUACUACGACGGCUUACUAUUGUAACUGCAUAGCAUACGGUUCUUAGCGUUUAUCGCGCGAAUGCCGGCCCAUAGUACCUGUUGUGACAUGUUAUAAGUUAUAUUGUAAUUCAUAAUAUUUUUAGACAUUAUUUUUUUAUUUUUAUCAUAAUAUUUUGUUUUGAGUGAAUCCAAUCGUGUAAACUAAUAUCUACAUCUUAUAAUAUUACAUAUCUAUAACAUCUUUCGUUUUACACGGCCGAGGGUUAGUCGAUACAGUCGACUACCGGGUCUUGUAUUACUUCAUUGUAUAAAGGCAGCAUAUCUUAAACCAUGAAGAAUAAUUUGAUCGCUACUUUAUGUUAAAAUUGCGGUUAGUAACUACUCAUUUCUUAAAGCAACCAUAAAUUUACAAAAUGUGCCGAGAUUGGGAUAUGAAAAUCUAAAUCGAGUGUUGGCAUAGAAAAAAUUAUAUUAUCGUUGGACUGCUGAGUUUAAGGCCGUGGAUACAUUUGAGUUUGAUAAAGUUGACAAUGAGGCUGACUGUUUGCACAAGUGCUCAAACUACCUGUGAGCAGGUGGCAAGAAAAAUCGAGAUACUUUUUGAAGAAAAAGUCGUUGGAAAAUUGACCUUAAUAGGUACACCGCUAAACAACAUGCCGUUAAAUAACAAUGGGAUUCCAGUGAUUGUACAGAAGAUGUGUGAUUUUAUAACAAAUUAUGGUUUGUGCAAUAAACAUUUAUUUGAUGCCGUUUACACAAACAGAGAACUUAAAAAGAAUAUUGUAAAUGCAUACGAGUUGUUCAAUGCGUUGGAUCAAAAUGAUAAGAAGAUAGUUGAAGUCGAAGCAGCAGACGUGGCUACGAUGUUGGCUGUAUGGCUUUAUUACUUACCAGAUCCGUUGAUAUCAUCAAAACAAUAUUUAAUGAUUUGCGAUAUGCACAGUGUUGAUAACUGUGCUGAUAUUAUUAAGCCAAUGGGUAACACGAGUGAACAAACUCUUCGACAAGUAAUGCGUGUUGUAGAGUCUUACGAAAAACAACACAAAUCGUACAAAGGAAAGUUGCAGUGUCUAUUUCAAUUGCUAUUCACUAAAAACAUUCAAAUUGGCUGUAAAGAAAACGCUGCGAAAUUCAUGAGCAAUUUAAAGACAAUACUAAAGGAAUCUGAUAUGAAAAAAAUUCAAAAUAAGACAAACCAUAAUAAAAUGUUGACUACAAGCACUUCCAAAAAGAACUGGAUGUCGUUAAAAUCGUUGGCCGUAAAGAACAUAAAAUGUAACAAAAAAAUAUUUUGCAGGUCGAUGAGCGAUGAUGGAUUGCUGUGCAAAACGGGCACCCGUGAAGCCAUUAAUGCAAAAGAACCAACGAGCGGUUCGGCUUUGAAGAGGUCCAGUAGCUGUCAGUUGGCAGCUUACAAGUUGUCUGACGAAAAACUAUACACUCAGUUGACUGAAAACAAUGUUCUAGUUGAUAAGGAAAAUUCACAAGAAAAUAAAGAAAACAAACAAUUUCCCCAACACCUUUUUCAAGAAAGUUCAGUUAAUUUAACCGAAAACGAAAUGGCAAAUUCACAGAUUGACGAAAUGAGAACAAUGGAAAGAACCGUACAAUAUGCUCCGAGAACUCAUUUAAAAUCAAAUAGAAAGAAGUCGAUAAAAAAUUAUGUAGAAAAGAUUUUAAAGUCUGGUUUAUUACCAGACAACGAUUGUGUGUUGUUGCAGAACACUUUAGAGUUAAUGAAAUUAUUAGCGACAAUUAAAAGUAUUCAAAGUCAGAUAAACAAUCUUAGGAAAAACAACGAUGAAGAAUUAGAAGCUGGCAAACUUCAAGGUACGAGUGAAAAUGUGCUCGAAUUGCGAUGCCUUGAAAAUCGACUUGAAAAAUUGGAAAAUCAAAAAAAUAUCUGUUUAAUAAAAACUGGCCUUUCUUACGGUAGAUUGUACAAUCGUACGGUUCUUAAUCUAAGAAAUGCUCAAAGAGAAGCAUUUAAGCAAUUGGAAGAAGAGAAAAAUCAUAAAAACAGUCACAGCGCUAUCGAAAACUUGUUGUCUGACAUUUAUAAUGUAGAAAAAGUUCUUGAUCAUUUACAAAACAAUUGUGGUUGCAGAGAAUUACCGUGGAGGUCGAGUAAAGGUUGUCCUGGUUCUAAGAGGAAAUCCAAAAGACAAUUAAACUGUGUGUCGGUCGUUUUGGAUUUGCAAACUAUUAGCGAGAACGAAGUGAUGGAAAUUUUGCCGCAACCAAUUAUAGUAUUUGGUGCCAAGGCUGAGUAAUCUCCGUGUUUGAAAAAGCAUAUUGAAAUAAGGCAUUAUUGGUACUGUUUUUGACAAAGACUUAAUUAAAAAUAAGUGAAUUUUUUUUAACGUAUUCAAAUUUCUGAUAUUUUUAUUGUUGAAUAAUAGAAAAGUAUUACUAACAUUAUAAAAAAAUAUAUUUUAGAAAAAAUAAUUAUUUUUAUUAUCAAUGUAUUUUUUUUAAAUUCCUCAGUAUUAUUAACACAUGUUAUAUUGUUAUUAUAGCUAUAAAUUUGUUAAGACAAAGUACUUACUUUAAUUGUGUAACAGUGUUGUUGAAAUUAAAUUUUGGCUCAAUACAAGCAA